AAAUUAGAGUUUUUUAAACUUCAAAAUGAACGAAUGUGGACAUUGCUCGGUGAAAAUUGGCGAGGAGUCGGCUAUUCUGGCAAAUGGAAAAGUCUGGCACGUGAAUCAUCUGCUUUGCGAUCUGUGCAAAUGCCGUAUCAAUGACGGGGAGAGGUGUGUUCCACAGAAUGGAGUGAUCCUGUGCUCCGAGUGCCAUAUCAAGACGACUCGUCCUAUUUGCAAAGGUUGUGGCGAGUUCAUCAAGACCAACUUUUGUGAGGCGCUGAAUUCCACGUGGCAUCCCACUUGCUUCCAAUGUUCUGUGUGCCAGAAGCCAUUAAAAGUAGAUUUCCAUCAACUUCCGAAUCGAAUGUGUGUCCAUUCUGAUUGUUUCUGGGAUCUUCAGCUUCGGAUGAUUGUUGCAAAGGAUUUGCCAAAAUGAAUCCAGAUUGUUCACAAAACCGAACAGUUUCUGGAGACUUACAUAUGUAUUAGCCUUGUUUUGAAAGAAAUGAAUUUUCAUUUUUAGUCAAGUUUUUAACAAGCUAAAAAUGUUCAAAUUGGGAAAA